AUGAAGGCGUCUUUCAUUCUCGCCGUUGGGCUGACUUGGGUCAGCGCCGCCAUGGGCUCCAGAUGCAAGCCGUCGUCGGUCUCUUCGUCGGUGUCGUCGGUGUCGUCGCCGCCAGUCUCUUCGACUGUCUCAUCGGUCUCGUCGGUUUCGUCGGCGUCGUCCUCUGCCAGCGCGAGCGCCACCUGCUCCGGUAACUUCAUCGUCGACGGCGACUUCUCCGACAACAAGCUUCCACCUGCCUGGACCGUCUCCGGCACGGGCAAUGCCGAGGUGAACCCCAACUGCUAUGCCCACGGUGUCAGCUGCGCUCACCUUGAGACAGGCCCCACCUCGGUAGCCAUCUCGCAAGUCGUGACGACUGUCUCGGGUACCAUCUACGACAUCUCCUUCAGCUACUUCAUCCUGGCCGCCAGCAAGAACCCGACCCUCACCGUGCUCCAGGACGGUGUGGUCGUCGAGACGAUCCAGCUCAACGUGGGGCCCACCCAUACGUGGAUCCAGGCGCCGGUGGUGCAGGUUACGGCAACGGGCACCCAAACGACGAUUUCGUUUUCCGUCAACGCGGUUCCGGGUGGCGAAGGCAACAUUCAGCUCGCCAACAUUGGCAUGUGUGCUUACUCCUAA